AUGGGAGUUUCUUGCACCUCGACUCACUGCAUUGAAAUCCUUGAUGCUGUAACAUCGAUCGUGGUGUACGAGGUGGUGGAUCUUCCACCUGUCGUUACUCGUUCUGAAGCAGGAUCGUUGCUUCGGUACACAACGCUUUCUUGUCUUAUUCGUUGCUUUCCAUUGUGUUGGCAGAUGUGCCAACCUUAUCUUCCACGUAUGAUAUUUGCGGCGACACAUCUCACUAACUGUGAUGAUGCUGAGACAAAUUAUUUGUGUAACGAAGUGCUGGCGGUGCUGGAGGCACUUGUGGAGCCGCAGCUCUUUUUGGAGGCCUGUACAACCUGUCUGCAGGGAUUUUCCUACGAUCGCAAUUGGAAUAUUUCAACUGCUGAAAUUCAUAGCACAGACGUCCACACUCCCAGCUCGCAUAAGCUUGCUUUGUCAUCGUCGCCUUCGACUAUUGCCAACACAGGUUUACUGGAGCUGCAUUCAAAGGAAAAGCUUUCUGUGUCAAGUCGUUCCUGCCUCUUGAGAGUACUUCCCUCUACGCAUUCUUACCAUAUGUUUUUCACCAGGGUGGAGAGCCGGGUGCGCAGUCUUCGAAAGGAAGAGUUGAUGCAUAUGAGUUCCUUGAUGGAUGGGACGAGCGUGCAAGGAAACUUCUGGCUGGCUGCUUUCGAAUCUCUUGCGGUGGCAUCCAUUUUCCCACCUCACGACAUUAUCAAACCUGUUCUAGGGGCCUUCACAGCAUUCUUUCUGAAAUUCAAGGCAAACCGUUGCACGAAGCUUUUGCGCAUGGUGACGGAGUGGGCCUUUCGCAGCGAUGCAGACUCGUUGACGAAAUCGAGUAUCCUUGUAGACCCAGACGCAGCCACAAACAAAUUGGCCGAUGAAAUAGUAUCUGAGAAUGUUAAUAGUGUGUUGAUUUCGCGUACAAUACUACAAAGAUCGCUGCUCUUUUACACUUUGUUUAACCAUCAGUUAGAGCUACUUGGGUCGAUUAUGGAGUUUGGCUACGGUGUAGCGCUCCCUUGCAUCGUGUCAACGCUGAGUAAGUACUGCUCGUCCAGCGGAAUGACCCACAAGUCAAUGUCUUCUCUGAUUAGCUUGUUGUUGGAAAGUGCUCUUGAUAGUGUGCGUCGUAUGUCUCUUGCACAGACUCCAGGUCCAGACUAUGAUUACAGCAUACCGUUGAACAUCUACUUUGCCAACACUGAGGUAUUUAACAGUCUUAUGCCAGUGCUAGUUCAUCAACUUACGAACUUAGCGUAUCUUGCAGAUGACGUGCAUGAUUUCACCUACCGAGCGCAGCACUCGAUCAUUCCCGCUGUACGUGCCUUCUUUGCUUGCUUGAAUUCCAAUAAACUUCAGAGUAAGAUGCAGGCAGAGCUGGUGCGGGGGCUGCGUCACCCCAAUCGUUAUGUGCGCCGCAUGUCAGUUGUGUGCUUGGAUGGCAUUUACGCAGACGGCGGUGAGGAAUUGGCUUCACGUUUAAUGGCUGAAAUGCUACCCACGGUGUUAGAGCUCACUGAGGAUCGUGACGAUACUAUUGUAGAGGAGGCUCGGAAGCUGUGCACAAACCUGUCCCAUAUGACAGGAAGUGAUGUGCUUCAUGCGAUGAGUUGA